GCUUAACUGGGCGGAAACAUUACGGAAGCGACUGGCUGGGUCAGCAGCCAUUGAUGCGCUUUAUUUCCAAGAGGACAAACCAGAUUAAUUCUUCUAUAUUCGCUGUUUCCUGUGACUGGAGCCAUGGUUUCUCACUCUCUCGCCCUGCCGAUGAUCUGCUUCACCACGUUAUGGGGGCUGGUGGGCGUCGUGGCUCCGUUUCUAGUCCCCAAAGGACCCAACCGGGGCGUGAUUGUCACCAGUCUCAUCCUCACAGCCGUCUGCUGCUACUUGUUCUGGUUGGUCGCCAUCCUGGCUCAAACCAACCCUCUGUUCGGCCCUCAGCUGAAGAAUGAAACCAUCUGGUAUCUGCGCUACUUCUGGGAGUAAAGGAGGAUUGUGUGACGGGACGUCUCAUCACUCCUGUCCUGUGGUUGGCUGGACUUUAUUUCAACACACACACACACACACACACACACACACACACACACACACACACACACAGACACACACACACAGUUUUAUUUACAGCCUUUGGAAAUAUUUACAACUAUGUACAGUACCUGGAAUUAAGAUUUAGUGUAUUAAUACGAUGCACGCAGUUUGAAGUUGUGAUUUAGUGAAUGGCAGGUUUUGUGAACAAAUGUAAAAUGAGGAAAGCAUUAAGUGUUGUUAUUUUGUUAAGAAUGAUUUCCAGUGAAACUCCGUCUGUUAGGACUCGAUGUUAAUACUCUCUGAAAUGUGCAAUCUUUAGUUUACUUUGUGUUUGUUUACAUUUCUUUUUUUUAGUCGCUGCCAUCAGGGAACAUGAACUUCUAAGUAUGUGUAUUUAUUUGGCCGGCGGACACUAGUGUAAGCGCGUUGUGAUUACCUCAGUGUCCACACGGUCUUGUUAUAUAACUGUUAUUAUCUGUGAUGUAAUGGUGUGUGUGUGUGUGUGUGUGUGUGUGUGUGUGUGUGUGUGUGUGUGUGUGUGUGUGUGUGUGUGAAGAAUUCAUUACUGUGAGUGCUUGGAACGCCGCCAUGAGAAUCUCCCAAAACCAUAAAAGUGAAGAGCGAUUCCCUCCACUUUAGAGCACUUCAGCAUGAAGCCCCCUCCCACACUCCUCCUGCUCCACACCGCGGAGGUCCUAGUUGCCAUGGUGAUCUCAUCGCCCAAUUCAGUCUCUUUCCACUCGACCCCUUUUGAUGAAAUCCUGCCCGUUCUCGCCUGCUUCUGUGCAGAUGUACUGUAGGGCCAUGUUUUGGGAUUGUAGCUGCAGAUAGAUUUGGUGAUAAUAUCACACCAUCUUUAUGAACACGUGAACAACCUUUAUUUAAAUCCUCCUGAAAGUUGGAAAUGCUCUGAUGGUCGAAUCCGGGUUUGUUUUCAAGCAGCAGUUGAUGUGAAUGAGCGGCGGGUUGAAGGAACACGCUCGUACACUUGCUCCACGGGCCCGCGGAUGCACACUCAUGCAUAUUUUUACACUCUUUUUGGCUUUGUGCGCCACUGAGCAAGUCCUGCCUCCAGUUCUCUUCAUACGUCCAUGCGACACUAUACCAAGUCACAUGAUCACCCACUGAUGUCCAAUCACGCGCUCGCGUUUCUUGCCUCAUAUAGGAGCCUGAACUUUCCCAGAUCCAAACAGUUAACUGAUGAUUUCAAGUUCACAAAUGUAACUCUGUCGUGAUGCAGCGGAAGGCGGCGUCUGUGGUUCUUGGGUACACGUGUACAUAACUUGGCUUUAAAAAGGUUACCUCUUUUAUCAUUUCUAACAUUUGCUAUGAAUAAGAAGCUGGCACACCUGCCUCCUCCUGAUUGCUCCAAGAGUCUGGGCCGCGAGCCACGACCACAACUACGUCUCCCCCUUCCACUCCCCUUUUCUAACCCUGAGAACCACUACCUCCCUGAACACUGUCCAUCCCCGUCCUCCUCGAAAACCACUUUGCUUCAGCCAAAAAGAAUCAAAAUCAAUAUACAGCUACUUUUUAGAAAGACCAAAUUGCGUUGUAUCUUUUCCUCCAGCCCUCUUUGGUAGUUGUGGUGGUGGCACGCAGCUAAAAGUGGAUAUACAGCCGUGUACUGUACAGUCAGCUACACACACACCAGGAAGCUGAGGCGUUCUGCCAGAAUGCUGGUGUUUAGUUUGCAAUUUCAAGUGAACCAGAGCUUGUAAACAAAAGCGGACUCACAAGUAGCUCAGUCGUUGGACAGAGUUUUGGUAACCUGCCAAGUUGGAGAUGUUGUCAGAGAGUCGACACAAAUGUGACACCAGCUCCUGUAACUGUAGUGGUGUGUUGAGGUCUCCGGUUCAUACGGUCGAGAGCACGUGAAGAAAAAGCAGAAUAUGAGUCCAGACUCUCCUGUUGAGUUUACCAACCAUCAGCUGUCAGAUGUGCCCAGAAGCCCUUGUGUUUUGGGUUUGUUACAUUCCCAAUCCCACUCAUAGCGCAGCGUGAUAGUUAGCUGCGAAAGGACAGAGUCGCAUUCUCAGUGUCAGCGAAUCAUCGACAACAAAGAACGUUGUUCUCCCCCGGACAACAAAGUGAGCCGAAGACGUGAACACGGCACCCCCCCACGUCACGCUGGGUGUGAACUGACCUCACACAGGAUUUUCUUUUGUUGGCUUCUUAUCUGUUAAAUAUUGCUGGCAACAUAGAUGGAGCUAGGAUGUGUGUGUGUGUGUGUGUGUGUGUGUGUGUGUGUGUGUGUGUGUGUGUGUGUGUGUGUGUGUGUGUGAGUAACAUGAGCUUCUGUAUGUGACCUUGUAUUAGUGUGAAGUAAAUGCUUCUAUGUGAGUGGACUUGUAUGUGAAAACACCCAAUUAAAAAAUGUCUCAUACGA